UAAAUAAUUUAAAAAAAAAAAGAUAACAAACUUAAUACCUAACUCUUCCCCCAUCUUCUUCGAUUUCCCCCCGCGAGGUAGAGAUUCGAGAGGAUGAGUUUCCAAGAUCUGGAAGCUGGCUCUCGAUUUCAGGCCUGAUCAUCUGGGAGGCAGCAGAAACCUCCGUCUCGUGGGGAUCCGUCUCAGGAGGUAGCCGCCGGGGUUUUCAGGAUCAGCACCGCUGUUAAUUCCUUCUUCCGCCUCGUUAAUUCCAUCGGAACUCCUAAGGAUACUCUUGAUUUGCGAGAUAAGCUGCAAAAGACAAGCCUACAGAUAUCAGAACUGGUGAAACAAGCUAGACUCAAGGAAGCUAGUGAAGCCGACCACCAUGGAGCAGCUUCUCCAAUUAAGAAGAUUGCAGAUGCUAAACUGGCAAAAGAUUUCCAGUCAGUUCUCAAAGAGUUUCAGAAAGCUCAGAGACUUGCAGCUGAAAGAGAAAUUACAUAUACUCCUGUCGUCACAACAAGAGAUAUACCUACCAGCUAUAAUGCACAGGAGCUGGAUAUUGAAUCUUUAAGGACCUCGACCUCCCCGCAACAAACUCGUCUUCUACAAUCAAGGCAAGAAGUAGUGUUUCUAGAUAACGAGAUAACAUUCAAUGAAGCAAUAAUCGAGGAAAGAGAGCAAGGAAUUAGAGAAAUUCAAGAACAGAUUGGUGAAGUGAAUGAAAUCUUCAAAGAUCUAGCUGUUUUAGUGAACGAUCAAGGAGUUAUGAUCGAUGACAUCAGCUCUAACAUUGAUAACUCACAAGCUGCAACUGCACAAGCCACUGCUCAACUCAGAAAAGCAUCUAAAACUCAAAGAGCAAACUCAUCUUUGACAUGCCUUCUUAUUCUCAUUUUUGGGAUUGUUCUACUCAUUGUCAUCAUCGUUGUAUUGGUCUGAAGCUUCAAUCUCAAGCAUGAAACGAAGACUUACUCAAGGAAGCUAUACAAAUUACACAUUCAAGAAAUAUCUAUUGUACAGAUUCUUUACACUCCAUCGUUCUUCCCGUGUAAUCGGAUUGAACCUCAACUUCUCAUCGUGUGAAUCCUUGAUGUGGUAAUCCAUCUUACCAUUAGUGAUAUGUAUGAUGUUUUCACACAAAAGUAACAUGUAUUAGAAACAAGACAAGAGCAAGAUCUCUACUCAAAGAUUUGAUUAUUCACAAGCA